CCCGAUCCUAAAAUAUUUCUAAAUGAACGCAAUUUCUAAGUUUGUAAACCUUUAUGAUAAUAUAUGCUAAAAAGCAACUUUUUAAGUGUUUACUUAAUGAAAGCAAAUUUUCAAAGCAUGUAUACCUUUAUAGAAAAUCGGUAUUUUACGGAAACAGAUCAUAUUUGGGUGUCAACCUACCGGUACCAAAUGCUGCGUCCUUUGUUCGGCGGCGCGCUGAGCUGCGAGAUCCCUGAGGGCUUUGUGGACGUGAGCUCAUUCCGACAGGUGCCCGACAAUCAAGAGGUGUUCGCCAAUGCAGCCAUAGACCAGUGCAUUAUUGUGGAGCUGCUGCAGUACGAGGAGAGCGUGACGGAUGCUCAGAGCGCGCGCUACUUUUUCAACGAGGUCGCCCAAUCCAACGGAUGUGGGCCCGACGAGGUGAUGGUGCUACUUGAAGAAAAGGCGGGAGCCGAGAAUGCACCCACUAACGUCGACGCGCCGCACGUUACGCAGCUUAUCGUGGGGGACCAGCGCGUGGCCAAGUUUAAGGAGGGUGAUCAUGCCAAAAACGUGGUACGCGUUUAUCUGGGUAACAUCCGGCUGCCUGGCGUGACCACGGACGUGGUGCUGUCGAUGUCAGCGCCCAUGCGUAUUAACCCAGCCAGCAGCAGUCGUGAUGCCUUCCAAUUUGAAAACAACUCAGAGGUGGCUGCCGCCAUAUUUAAACAGGCGCUGCAGUCUUUCGCCGUCUUGGACUGGUCGCUGUUUCAGUGA